CGCUACACAGCGAUACAAGUUUGGAAGAGGUGAGAAACAUGUCAAGAUGCUAGAGGAGGCUGAUCUUGGAACCUGAAUGUUAUUCCGCAGAAGUUUGAUGAAGACCAGCGGGAACUGAAAAUCACCCAGAGUACUAGUUCAUUCUGGCCGGGCCUGUUUCUUCUAAAGGGGAGGAGGACUUCCUCUCUAUCGCUGCCUCGCGCCUCAGCCGCAGGAAACGCGUUAUUGGUGCGGCAGUGGGCGUGGCCAUGGUGCUGGUGCUAUUGGUCGCUAUUCCGCUAUUGGUCCACAGCACCAAACUGGGUGGAUCUGGAGGCGGAGGUACGCAUUAUGAGAUGCUUGGAAGCUGCAAGAUGGUCUGUGACUCUUUAACACCCACCAAUGAACUAACACCUGUUUCGCCUCCUCCUCCCGACACCCCUGGACGCAGAGGAGGAGGCAAGUCGGGUUUUCGUGGAAACCAAGGGCCACGGCCCCCAGGCCCACGUGGGCCACCUGGAGAACCAGGAAAGCCAGGUCCGCCUGGACCUCCAGGUCCAGGCCCAGGGGGAUACGUCCCAUCGUUCUACAGCCCCAAAAUUGCCUUCUAUGCUGGUCUGCGCAAGCAACAUGAGGGGAGUGAGAUACUCAAGUUUGAUGAUGUGGUGACAAAUGUAGGGAAUUACUAUGAGCCUACCACAGGCAAGUUCACCUGCCCUCUUCCUGGAAUCUACUUCUUCACCUAUCACGUGCUCAUGAGGGGCGGAGAUGGAACUAGCAUGUGGGCUGACCUCAAGAAGAAUGGACAGGUGAGGGCCAGUGCAAUUGCUCAGGAUGCAGAUCAGAAUUAUGACUACGCCUCUAACAGUGUGAUCCUGCAUUUAGACGUGGGAGAUGAAGUCUGCGUGCAGCUGGAUGGCGGAAAAGUGCAUGGAGGAAACACCAACAAAUACAGCACAUUCAGCGGCUUUCUCAUCUACCCUGACUAACAAACACAGAAACAUACAAAAAUAUAAAUAUAUUAUUACAUAUUUAAAACCAUCACAUCAGGCCGAUUGAUAGACAACAACAUCUGAUACAAGCGGUACAACAUGAUAUAACCUCAAGGGAGGAAAAAACUGUAAAAUUAACUUCCAAACUGAUACUUUCUGAUUAUAGUGACAAAGUCAACGGCAUCUAAAUUUUGUCUACUUCCAUAAAAAUUUUAGUUUUAAGCAUAAGCAUCCAAUAAAUUUAAAUUAAAGAGAAAAAAAUCUGCCAAAGUAUUUAGACAACAAACAUUUCUCUGAAAACAAAUCUUAACAGCUUGAAAAAGAAAAAAUACUAAUUAAAAAAAAAAUUAAGUGUAACUAAAUCAUGAAACAUAUACUACAAAAAAAUGGUUCUUGAUAAGAAAAGACAACUUACUAAGCUUAUUUUGGAGGUGAAGCAAAUUUGUAUGUUUUGAAAGAAAGAUUAUAUAGACAAACUACAUCAUUUUUUCUUUGGAAUAAUGUACACAGAUUAAUUUAUCACAAUAACACCAUAAUUGUGAAUUAACAAAGUAAAUAUAAUUUAUUCAAAUUUGAUUUCAUGUUGACUUUAAUCAAGUUAAAGUAUUUGUAUUGACUUGUAUUGCUAACUGUCAUCUUGGUCUGAUCAUGGUGUAUUUGCUACUUUUAAGGCAAUUACCUUGAGAAACAUGUAGGCCGGGUCUUUUUUUUUUUUUUUUUUUUUUGAGCCCACCAAUGGUGAACAGAAUGUUUAUUUAGUUGAUAUUUUUAAUGUAAAUUCCCUGAAUCACAGUGUCAGUUUUGUUUUUCCAGUUUACACCAUUACAGUAUGUUGUGUGCAAAGCUCGUCCAUUAGGCUAAAAAGAAAACUACCUUUAAGGAUUACCCAGAAUUAUCUUGUUGCAUUUUACUAGAUCACCAUUCUCCCUCUGCACCAUAUGUAUGUGUGUGCAUAACUUGGAAAAGGCUGUAUGCAUUUCAUGGCAUGGAAACUGUAUGUUUUAGCCUUUAUGUCUACUAAGUAUGUACACAGUGUUUAUACUGGAGGAAUGUUGAGACUCUUGUGAAAUUAUAAAUGAUAAUUAUAAAUCAACCUCUCUGUAUAAUGCCACAAACAUUAUUUAGGAUCGGUUAGUGGACUAAACAUUUAAAGUGACCUGAUCCAUCUGUAAUCUGAAAACAUCCAGUUUCUAUGUGUGUGUGUGUGUGUGUGUGUGUGCGUGCGUGUGUGUGUGUGUGUGUGUGUGUGUCAGCAAUGUAUGUGAUUCACAUGUGUGUCCAUAUUAAUAUAAAGUGUAAGAAAAUUUGCUUCUAAAUAUUUGACUUGUAGAUUGAUUGCUGUUGUAAAGCCUUGCG